CUUUUUUUUAUUUUCUUUCAAGUGUUCUUUUAUAAAAAAUAAUAAUAGUGAUGUAUUCAAAAAGUUUGCUUUUUGUGAAUUUUGUAAAUAUCGUAUUGUUGUUGAUUAAUUGUACUGAAGCUGAGGUCUUAGAAGGAUUUAAUAUCAAGAUAUUUGAUCAUGGUGAAAGUGUCAAUGUCACUUUAAAAAAGGUAUAUAAUUCUUACUUAGCAAAUGAAAAUUUGCCAGUAUGGACAAUGGAAGAAAAUGAAGUCCUGCCUUACGAAGAAUUAAAAAUAAUGUCAAAAUUAGGAACCUUAGUACCAUAUUUCAAUUAUGAGAAAAAAGCAGCCUUUAUCUAUUCAUCAAACUGUAAUUGUCUGAAUGGAGUAAUUGGUAUACGAUAUGUCAUUAAAAAAUUCCCUAUGCAUUUACUAUUUCACACUCAAAUCAUUGGUGAAUCUGAGUUCAUCAUGCGUAGAAAUAUAACAUUAAGUAAACGAUCAAAUUCGACCAGAAAAAUUAUACCACGAACAGCAGAAGAAUUAAAAAUUAAUGAGAGAGCUGUUAAUAAAACACUUUAUCCAGAGAUUUUAAUAGUUAUAAAAAAUGAUUUUUACUCAAAUUUGAAGUCUACUAACAUUAGUAAUGAAGAAAUGAUACUUUAUGUAAUAAGUCUGAUGAAUGCUGCGGAUAUGUUAUAUUCACCGGGAGAGACUCUCAAAGUGAAGUUAAAUAUUGCAGGAAUUAUCAUUGAAAGUAAAAAAAAUCUUCUACCUGCUGUAGAAGGUUAUAGUGACAAAGAAUAUUUAUCAGUCGAAUCACUAGUCCAUGGAGUAGUAAAUUCUAAGUAUUCUUAUUUCGAAAAAUCUAAAUUAAACCCAAGUAUGUCAUAUGAUUGGAUAUUUUUUUUAACAAGUAAAAAAUUGUCUUAUUCAGAUCAUCAUAAUUUAACGAGAAUGUCAAGUUAUCCGAAAAGAGGAAUUGUUAAAUCAAGACAGGACGGAUGUGGCAGUUAUAAUAUGCCGAUAUCAAUAAUUACUGAUGACUAUAAAUUUAAUUCUUACCCAACAAUUGGUCAUGAAAUUUUUCAUUUAAUAAUUCAUGGAAGUCAUAAGGAAGUAGAAAAUGGUAUCUGUCAUCCUGGAUUCCUUGAUGCAUAUGAUGCUCCAGAUUUGGAAAAAUUUCAAUGGUCUGAUGAUUGUUGUUUAUUAACAAAUAAACCACAAUCUUUGGAUUUCCGACGACCACCAAUGGAUUUAAAAUAUCAAUGUCAAUGUUAUGGUUACGAAAAAAAUUACUUCCUAAAACCCACUGAAUGUACUGAUAUGUUAAUUUGUGAAGAUGCAAAGAAAAAUGAACGAAGUGUUCCAAGAAUUGUUGAUGAUGAAUUUUGCAGAGAGAAAUGGGAAAGAAAAAGAGCAGAAUCACUGACAUCACUGUAUAUUGGUACUUCAACUGUUUCGACUACGACUAAACAAUUUAUUCCUCCAUUGACACCGCAGAAAGAAUGUUCAUGGAUAACAGAGAAUGAACUUUGGAACUUGAUGUUCGUUUUUCCAAAAGACAAUGAGGAAACUGAUGACGAUGGAUUAGUGUGCUUAGCAAUAAUAUUAGAUGGAAACUAUGACAGUAAGUUGGCUUUUACAGCGAAGUCUUGUGUGAAAAACCAAAUCAAACUUAGAAAUCAUCGAAUACUAAAGGAAGAUAAAUAUAUCUUUGCUGAAUCUCAAUCAGAUGCUGACUUUUCAGUAACUGAAGAAUUCAUUGAUGAUUUUGAUACUGAUACAGCAUCUUUAAGUUUAACGGAUGGUAUUUCUGAAGAGUUUACCAAGUUAUCUAGUCUAAUGGCUUCCCCAGAAAUAAUACCAAUGGUUAUCAGAGAAUGUCGUUUAAUUAAUGUUACAAAAAUGCCUAAUCCCAUCAAACCAUUUAUAAUUACAUACAUCCCUAUGGAUAUAUCAAUACAACGUGAAGAAGGAUCUACUUUUAAUUAUAUAAUAAAAAGUGCAAAUCCAGUAGAUAAAUCUGAACUAUGGGGAUUGAAGGGUAAUCCUUUAUUUUGUAGAUUUUCAUCUAGGAAAACCCAAUUAGUUGGUAUAUUAGUAAAUGAUGACUAUGACAAACAUUUGCGGUUUGUAAAUAUAGCAGAUUAUAAAGAAACUCUACAAUAUAAAAUGAAUUAAUUUGUUUCAACUGAAUGAAUGAAUUUAUUAGACCAAUGUUAAAAGUAUAAAAUAUUGUUUGUAAAAAAAAUGUUAUUUAGU